CCAUUUAUUUUCCACACAUUUUCACCCCCACAAUUUUCUCUCUCCCAAACGCCCCACCCCGGGAAAUAUCCCCCAGGUUUUGACCCUCCCCCAAAAGUCAACCGUCCACGUCCCACCGGGCAGGUUAGCACUCGUCCUAGUUCAACGCAUCCCACAUCGACCCGCACCGCCGUCUUGCAAAUCCGACCCGCUUCUCCUCCAGGUCGUACACCACCUCGAACCCCUGCUGCUGGUAGUUCCCCAGCAGCCCCGCCGGCCCUUCGCCCCUCUCCGCCUCGUCCCCACCGUCCAUCACCAUCAAGCAACCCACCUCUCGCCGCGCGUCCACGUCGGAAAACUCGUACAAGAAAUUUCGUCUCGGCAAAGCCACGCUCGAAUUCCCCGCGAAAUGCAGCACUAGCCUUGGAACGCCGCCCAGUGGCCUCUCCCCGGCCCGCCCAUAGAAACACGGCUGGAGACCUGUCCGCUCCUCCACCUCCGCCGCUCGCUGGCGGUCCGCCCCGACGCCGGCGACGAACUCCUCGACCACUGUCCGUCUACAACCAUCCCUCCGUCGCCCUUCCGGUCGACUCUCCGGAGGCUCGCCGGCGACGGAAUCCUUCUUUUUCCGACGGUCACCGCGUCCAGCCCCACGCAGUAGAAAUAGGCGUGCUUGGGGUUGUCGAGCAUCGGCGUGAACGCGUAGCCGCCGACGAAUUCGCCGGCCAAUUUCUUCUUCAGCUUCUCGUCCUCUGCAGCCGGCCGACGGCCGAGGAUUAG